UUCCUCUUCGCAUCGCGGUUAUCUCUCUCUCACUCGUUGUUGAUGCUUUGUGGCGUCUCGAAGCCGCGCUCUUUCUCUCUCGCUUGUAGUCCAAGAAUUUCGAUCGAAGGGUAGCUCCUGAUCGUGGUCUUGCUGUUCUUGCUGAUAGAUUUGGUAACAUCUGAAGCUGAUGACUACGUAUGAACAAGAUCCUGAUGUUCUUCAAUGGGGCCUUGAUCUUCUUCAAGGAGAUCAAUAUGCAAACAAUGGUUAUUGUGGAAUCAAUGCAUUGGAUGGUGAUGCCUAUUAUGGAGGAGGUUAUUCCAUAGAAGAGGUAUCUGGACUUUCACAUGCAGAUGAAGAACAUAGGCAAGCAUCUGUUCUUGCACAAGAUUGGUUUGGUCCUCCAGUUAGGAAUUUUCUCUCAGGUGGUGAUGAAGAGGAAGAUGAUAGGGAAGCCUCCAGUUCAUGUUCAAGCCCUGGAGAGAAAUUAUAUGAUGUGGAAUGGCCUUUAGAGCUUACAGAUGAUCUUUCAGUUGAUGGUGAAGUAGGCAAGAGGUUAAACCAGAUGGUCCCUAUACCACAUGUUCCGCGAAUUAAUGGAGACAUCCCUUCCAUUGAUGAAGCCACAUCAGACCAUCAAAGGCUUAUAGACAGGCUGCGAUUGUAUGAUUUGGUUGAACUCAAGGUUCAAGGAGAUGGUAACUGUCAGUUCCGAGCAUUGUCUGAUCAAUUUUAUCGAACUCCUGAACACCACGAGUUUGUGAGGCAGCAAGUUAUUAAUCAGCUUAAGUCUAAUCCUGAGAUGUAUGAAGGAUAUGUACCCAUGGCUUAUGGUGACUAUUUAAACAAUCUGUCAAAGUCCGGAGAAUGGGGUGAUCAUGUCACACUACAAGCUGCCGCUGAUUCUUACGGCGUGAAGAUUUUCGUAAUAACAUCCUUCAAGGACACAUGCUACAUUGAGAUUCUGCCUCAUGUGCAAAAAUCUAACCGAGUUAUUUUCUUGAGCUUUUGGGCUGAGGUGCAUUACAAUUCCAUUUAUCCUGAAGGAGAUACUUAUGGUCGGCAUCACCUCGCAGAUUUACCGACAUUGGAAACAAAGAAAAAGCGCAGAUGGUGGCGUUUCAGAAACAAGCAUUAAAGUUUCAAAGCAAGGAGGUAUUUCUCCAGCAUUUCUCCAGCAUCAACUAUUGUUUUAUUCAGUAAAAGGCCCAACAGAGGAGGCAUCUGCUAUUUAGUGAUAUAAAGCAUGGUAGAGAAAACAUCCAAUGGUUUUUACCAUGCAUAUUGCUUCUCACUACUUGGAGAAAACAAUUCUCCCUAUUCAAUAUGGGGUUACUGUAAUUGCAUUGGAUUAUAAAUAUCUCAAUAUAUAUAUAUAUAUAUCAAAAGGAACAAUUUGUGUGCCAUUGCUGAGCACCCUUCCUUUACAGUAUGUGGAAAUUACACUGUUUUAUCUUUA